GUUUCGCAUAGGACGACUUGCGCCUGGUGAUGAUAAUUCAACCUUUCUUUGCAAGAGUCUUGCUGCUUUCUACCCUUUACAGAAACAAGUGAAUGUUGAGAGUCGGUCAACACGAGCAAUGACGCAGUGAUCAAGCUCACGAGAGAGAGAUCAUUAAACUCGCUCAAGGCGUUCAAGCCCAGGCCAAGCGCAACCAUCCGUCCUACACGAGCACGCCAAGCGCAACCCUACGACUCCUACGCCUUGAACAAGACAUACUAGUCUGCCUUGAGAGCCUUUCCGAAACGCGCUGGUGAGCGCUCCGACUACGAAACCAUGGACCAAAUCAAUGGAGUGCGGAGAAAAGACACGACCAAAGGCCCGCCGUUGCGCAUCCUGAGUCUGGACGGCGGAGGUGUGCGCGGCUACAGCAUGUUGAUUAUCCUACAAGAGUUGAUGCACAGAACAUUCGUCGAGAUUGAAGGCCGCGCUCCGAAGCGACAUGAAAUCCCGAAACCAUGCGACCACUUCGAUCUCAUCGCCGGCACGGGCACUGGAGGCUUGAUUGCAAUCAUGCUGGGACGCUUGCGACUGGACAUUGAGACGUGCAAGGAUGUCUAUGUGCGCAUGACACGAAAGGUCUUUGAGACAGACAAGACGAUCGCCGGCAUUCCAUACCGCUCCACCUUGUUCAAAGCCAGCAAACUCGAAGAGGCCAUUCGAGAAUGCGUAAGAGAACACACAAUAUACAACGACGAAGGCAACGACUCCAAGGAUGCCGAUUCCUCGACUUCGCGCCAAAGUCUCCAAGUCGCUCGUCCAAAUCGCUCCGUCAGCGUCGCCAGCAGACACAGCACCAUCGGCAUGAUCCCAGUAGAUCCGAGAUCGUCCGUUGGCGUCUCGCGAUGGGGUAACCCAAAUGCCUUGCUCUACGAUAGUCGCGAGACAAGGACAAAGACUGCCGUGACCGCCGUGUAUCGCGGCACUCCCAAGGGUGGGAAGCCCGCACUGCUGCGCUCAUACGACUCGCGUAAGGAGCCGUCGCCUGAGUACAACUGCUAUAUCUGGCAGGCUGGACGUGCUACCUCGGCCACUGCUCUUGCAUUCAAGCCCAUUCAGGUCGGUCAGAGUACAUUUCUCGAUGAAGGCGCCGGAAAAUACAAUCCAAGUCCACAGAUUCUCGACGAAGCUGUCUGCAAUGAAUGGCCUGGAAGAGAGGUUGGAGUUUUCCUCAGCGUCGGUACUGGCAAGCGUCCUCCGGGCACAAAUAACCGUCAGCACGAGUGGUGGGAAGACUUUGUCGGAGGUGGCAUGGGUGACUUUGCUGAAGCUCGUCGUAGACUGAUUGCCAAGAUUGAAGCCUGUGAAGAGACGCAUCAGUACAUGAUUGAAGAAUACCUUUCGAAACGACAAGUCAACCGCCAGAACUACUACCGUUUGAACGUCGAGGUCGGCGUUGGCGAGUACGGCAUGAACGAGUGGAACCGACUCGGCGAUAUCAGCACCAACACGCGCAUGUACCUUGCUCGUCCUGAUGUGCAACAACAGAACUUUGACGCUGCAGCAAAACUUGCCAAAGUCUACUUCAGCAAGAUUCGUCAUGACCGAACUCCAUCUUGGGAUGGCCAAGAAGUCAUCAACACCACAUUUUCCCGACAAAACUCACCACUACCCCCCAUUCCUCCGCCCAGCAAUCCUCUUGCUGUCGAACUUCCAGCUGAUGAUGUCUUUCCACCACAAUCGUAUCAGCAACGGCCUCCGAUAUCACAGCCGCCCAUGCGGCAGUCAUCGAUAACCGACAUGAAGUAUACGGUUGUCUCCGACGAUCAAUGGCCACAGUCAGAACCCGUCAGAACACCAACCAGCGCUACACGACCAUCGCCUCCCCCAGGCGCUUACAGACCAUCGAUGGAAUCUAUGCACCGCUCUAGUGGAUCAUUAAGUCAACAACGUCCAGAAUCUCAGGAUAGCGGCACCGUCGGAUAUGCGCCUCCUCUACCUCCAAAGACACCUCUACCAUACCCGGACGCAUCGGCGCCAUUAAGUCCCACCGUCGGAAGUCCCAUGAGACACUCGUCGUAUGGUGGAGGCUCGUUCAACAUUGCACCAUUACGACAAGCUCUGCCACCAUAUCCGGAUACCGACGGACCUCCGCCUAUUGUCAACCUUGCGCGCAAGCCUGAAUAUACUGGUCCUCGCUGAGCGUGUAGGUUUAUAUGAUCUUCUGCGACGACUGCGACUUUGAACUUUUUGGCAAUAAUCAUGGACCGUAACGAUUGUGAUAUCCCAUGAAUUUUUGCGUUUUCUCUUGGAGAAUAUAGGCCUUACAGGCAAAAGGGCAAUGGUCUCGGUGGUUCACAGAGCACAUUUGCCCUGCUCAAGGGGGUCUUUGAUUUCUUCUCCUCUUC